UUCCUGUGCUACCUCUUUCUGUUACGUACGUAGCGGUUCUGUGGAUUACCGUAAGAUGCAGCUGGAGUUCAGCAGCAGAGCCUGCAUGUGAGGAUAAACGUGUUUAAGUGGACUCUGUUUAAACUUUCGGGAUGUUUCACCUCAGACUCAUCUCCUGUUAGCCAAGAAUGCUAAAGGAAGUUAGCUUGUUAGCAGGGAGUGAGCUGCGUGUCUGUAACGGAGUGUGUCUGGAGGAAAAGCUGCUGUAAACAUGUCUAAAGUCCAAACGCUGAGAGCUUUUGUCCAGCAGCGACUAAGUGCGGCUGCUGAAGAGAUAUUUGAGCUGUUUGAAAGAACGAUAGCAGAGUACGAGGAGGAACUUUGUGGACAACGCAAACUACUGGACGCUGUUUUCAAGCCUGAAGUCCGGUUACACAGAGCAGAUGUCCAGCUGCUGUUGGUGAGUAAAGAAAAGGUUCCCCCUGAGCAGCAGGAGUGGAGACCCAGUCUGGACCAGGAGGACCCACCAGAGCCCCCAAAUACUAAAGAGGAGUGGAGUCCCAGUCUGGACCAGGAGGACCCACCAGAGCCCCCACACAUUAAAGAGGAACAGGAGGAGCUCUGGACCAGUCAGGAGGGAGAGCAGCCUCAAGGGCUGGAGAAUGCUGAUAUCACCAAGUUCACAUUCACUUCUGUCCCUGUGAAGAGUGAAGAAGACAAUGAAGAGAAACCUCAGUCCUCACAGCUUCAUCAAAGACUCACUGGAAAUAUGGAAACAGAAGCUGAUGGAGAGGACUGUGGAGGGCCAGAACCAUCCAGGAACUUGGAUCCAGAGAGACAUUUACAACCAGAUACUGAGGAUGUGACAUCAGAGACCAGGGAACCUCAGUCAGGUUUAAAUCCUUUGCAAAACAACAGUGGAUGUAUCACUGAUGUCCAGCUGCUGUUGGCAAGUAAAGCAGCAGUUCCUCCUGAGCAGCAGGCGUGGAGCCCCAGUCUGGACCAGGAGGACCCACCAGAGCCCCCACACAUUAAAGAGGAACAGGAGGAACUCUGGACCAGUCAGGAGGGAGAGCAGCUUCGAGGGCUGGAGGAGGCUGAUAUCACCAAGUUCACAUUCACUCUUGUCCCUGUGAAGAGUGAAGAAGAUGAGAAACCUCAGUCCUCACAGCUUCAUAAAAGACUCACUGAAGCUAAUGGAGAAGACUGUGAAAGCCCAGAACCAGUCAGGAACUCAGAUCCAGAUAGACAUUUACAACAAGAUACUGACAAGAUUUCCUCUGAGACAGAUGACAGUUGUGAUUGGGAGAUGUCUGCUUUAAACUCUCUGCAAAACAAUGAAGUACCUGUAAGUGAUGUGGAAUGUAAUACUGGAAAAACAUCAAGUAGCUCUUCUGAAUGUGCUACAAGCCUUGACCAAGAGGGACAUCUGCAGGAAGACAAUGGAAACCAACCAGAGAAACUAUCUAGUUGCUCAGUUUGUAAAAAAACUUUUCAAUGCAGAAAAAAUGUUGCGAGGCACAUGAAAAUCCACACAGGGGAGAAACCUUUCAGUUGCGCUGUCUGUCAUAAAGAAUUUGGCCAAAAGGAACAUCUGAGACAACACAUGACAAUCCACACAGGAGAGAAACCCUUCAGUUGUUCUGUGUGUGGUAAACAAUUUGCGUUUAAGACACAUCUGAGACGACACUCAAUUGUCCACACGGGGGAGAAACCCUUCAGUUGUUCUGUCUGCAGUAAAGGAUUUGCACGAAGCUCAGCUUUGACCUCACACUUAAGAGUUCAUACAGGAGAAAAACCUUUCACAUGCUCAGUUUGUAAAGUAAGUUUUGGUCUCAGAAGCAAUUUGAUCACGCACAUGAGAAUGCAUACUGGGAAGAAACCUUUUAGCUGUUCAGUUUGUGGAAAAGGAUUCGCACAACAUGGAAAUUUGAGACGACACUUGACUAUCCACACAGAGGAGAAGCCAUUUAGAUGUUCAGUUUGUGAUAAAGAAUUUGGAGGAAGGGAAAAUCUGAGACAGCACUUGAGUGUUCACACAGGGUCGAAACCAUUUGGUUGUUCAGUUUGCGGUAAAAGAUUUGGAGAUGGGAGAACUCUGAGGCGACACUUGACUGUCCACACAGGGUCGAAACCAUUUAGUUGUUCAGUUUGUGGUAAAAGAUUCACACAACAUGGAAAUCUGAGACGACACUUGAAUGACCACACAGGAGAGAAAUCAUAUAUUUGCUCAGUUUGUGGUAAAGCAUUUGCACGAAAGGGACAUCUGACAGAGCACUUGACUGUCCACACAGGGGAGAAACCAUUUAGUUGUUCAGUUUGUGGUAAAGAAUUUGGAGGACGGCUAAAUCUGAGACGACACUUGACUGUCCACAUGGAUGAAAAACCGUUCAGUUGUAAAGUUUGCGGUAAAAGAUUUGGAGAGGGCAGAACUCUGAGACGACAUUUGACUGUCCACACAACUGAGAAACAAUUUAAUUGUUCAGUUUGUGGUAAAACAUUUGCACAUCAUGGAAAUCUGAGGCGACACUUGACUGUCCACACAGGGGAGAAACGAUUUAACUGCAGUGUUUGUGAUAAAAGCUUCACUCGGCUUCAUAUUUUCAAAAAUCACAAGUGUGCUGGUGACAGCAGAGGAAGUAAAUGCUCUGCCGAUUCCUUCCAGCAGAAUUGAAGUAUCGAGGGCAAGACUUGGCUCAUCUCUGAUCAGUUCCCUAUGAUACUGACUCCAAAUAAGUCACAUGCAUACCAGCAGAACAAGUCUCUGAAUAACUAAAAUGCUAACGCUAGUGAGCUAGCGCUUUAGUAUAAAGUUUCACAAAAAGCAACAGAAAAAAGUUAUCGCACCUAACCUACUUCUUUCAUUGUUUAAUUGGCUUCAAAGGGGGCUUAACGUUCACACAGUUUCACUUCACUGUCCCUCAGUACUUCAAAAUUAGUCCAACAUCGCCCGGAGUAAUAGCAUAUAGCGGUUAUUUUGUGGCCGAAACAUACUCACUCCUGGUUGUUUUUCUCCAUCUGUGUUUUUUAUUUUCAGGAUUGUGAAGUCCAGCAAAUCUCUGUCCAAGUGAGGAGUAAACUAUAUGUAUAACUUAGUAACGCACACACGAGCUAAUGUAGCCCCAGCUUCUCUCCGCUGCACUUUUGAAGACCGCAACAACUACCCGGGGAUCUCAUCUUUCUCGGUCAAAAUAGCAGAAUGAGGAAUUUAUUGCUUUAGUCAGCUGCAUCUACCUUCAACACUGACUGGACAUCCACAUUAAAUGUGCUGAAGUUUCCCUUUAAAGCAGAGGUUACGAUUUCUCCAACUUUUUUCAGUUCAGUACUCAGAUGCCAUAUGUAUUUUAUAUGUAUCUAUUUCGGCUAAAUUGAAGGUUGUGAUGACGCUUUGUUUCUUUACCACAGGACAAACGCAGCAAUGCUGAUGAUUUUGGCCCGUCACUACCGUUAACAAGCCGAAUUGUCAUGGAAACAAUUAUGGCACUUAACCCUAACCCCACAGCUCCACUCAUUGUGGUGCGUUUCAUCGACUUCCCAUAAUCCAACAGAAGCAAACACAGGUCAUUCAAAUAGCCGGCUUCUUAGGAGGAGUAUGUGCAAUUGAUGGCGCUCAUAUAAAGAUAAACUAUUUUAUCUUUCAUUUCCAAUGUGUAUA